CCAUGGGACCGUUUUCAGCAAUGAACACUUAAAGCCUACAUACUUGUAUUUAUGUUUAGCAUGUUAUUUUGUCGCUGUCUGACUGACUGGAGUUGUGUAACCAACAUAAAUGUAGCAUCACAUGCGUGUGAGCUGCGCCUCAGUUCCGGGUAAUAAAAGCAGAUCUGUGUUGUGGGACACUGACUAUGGGAGAAUGGGCGACGAUCUGGAGUUAAACACCAUUCAAGGUGUUCAUGACAACAAUAAUGUCGCCAGUGAUGUUUGUGUCGAGGUGAUUCCAGAGAAUGGAGACUUUCAUGACCACGUCAACUCUGUGGCCCAUGAAGUGUCUCCCCUUCUUUCAACAUCGCAGGUGGGUGAUGGCAGCAGGGCAGAACUCAGUGUGGAUGUUGUCAAUAUUGAACCUGUAACCAUAUCAAAGGACAAGACUGAGCUGCAGAGGGUGAAGCGAGAGCUGAAUGAGGUGGUGGUGUGGAAACUCAAAGUGUGGAUGGUGAUUCUCAUCGUCUUGUUUCUAAUCGCUCUGAUUGUUGCAGUCACCCUCAUUGUUUGUGCAGCUGGUUACGACAAUGAAGAUGAGAAAUAUGACAGAUCAUCAUUUGUGGUGGAGCGCUUCUUCAGAGGGAACUUUACUCUUGCCAAUAACAGUUUCACUUCACACCCUUUAACUCAACCAGAUGAAUCGGAGAAGCUGCUAGAACAACUAAAACAACAGCUAACAUCAGUCUACAAUUCUUCUCCUGCGUUGGCACGCUACUUCUCCAAUGUUACCAUAAACAAUUUUAGGGAUGAAACCGCUCAGUUUGAGCUACAGUUCAUCAUCCCUUCAGAAAAUGAACAGUUGGUGUGCUACACUCUGAGCCGAGAGAUGGUGAAAGGUGUGCUUCUUCAACACUUCUAUGAUCAGGACUCUGAUGCUGGAGAUCAUCUCUAUGUCAUACCAACAUCACUCAGUAUAGAAGUUUGGACAAAGAGAAGAAUUUGAGGAGACAAAUGUGUGGACAUUCUCACUUUUUCUAAUAAACUUGUGGAAAAUGGUUGUGGGCUUUUAAAAGAAUAUUGUAGUUAAGCUAGUGUUAAACUACACUAAAUGUAAAACCAAUGCAUUUUAUCGAAAACAUGAGUUGACUAAUUAAAAGGAUUUUGUAUAUCUGUAUACUAUAGGUGUAAACAUUAAAAAAUAAUAUUUAAUAAAGAUGUUCUCUUACUGCCUAUAAACUUUUGUACGUUUUCUCUUGUAAAACUGAAUUAGACUGGACUUUUUCCCCACGCACUACAUUUACACACAGUGUUAUGAUAGUCAUUCCUGUCUCUCCAUGUGUCCAUUUGUCUUCUUUGUGAGGCCAACAGGAAGCACCGCGGCCUCAGUGAUAUUUAACUUGCAUAUGUGUAUACAUGGUUUGAUUUUAGGUGUGUCUGUAAAAAAGUUUAAAAUGUUUAUCUUGUUCUUUUGCUAAAGAGGACAUUUGGGUUGCUUGCUACUGGGCAAGUCAUUUCCUACACAAUUAUGGUCACAUGACAUUUACAGUUCAGAUGAUUCGCUUCAAAAACUUUGAUGGGGAACCCAGUGCCCAUGAGAAAAAAAGAAUGCACUUUUUAUGUAAAUCAUCACACAUGGCCAGAGAAUUCAAUACUCUCCAAGAUAAUACUCCCAAUACUCCAAGAUAAGUUUGACCUCUGUCUCUAUAUAGGGAUAUGUGACUAUUGUUAUUGUUACUAAUCUCGUAAAAAGCUCACUAUUUGCUAAAGGUGUGUCCCAAAACUGGACCAAACUACCAUGACCAUGAAAGUGAAUUUAACAACACUGUCACCAAACAA